AUGAGGCCGGGACUGUGCAGCUGUGUGUCCGGUGGUAUGGAGCCUCCAGGCGGCCUGAGGCGGAGCGUCGUCCUGCUGCUGGUUCUGCUUCUCUGCUGCUGCGGUGCUCCUGAACACAGGGUGUGUCACUGCAGUGGGAAGUCGUUGUGUCACUGUGAUGGGGUCAAAGGUCAAAAGGGUGAACCUGGAAACCUUGGAGAACUUGGACUUCCUGGAUUGAUUGGUUACCCUGGAAACGAGGGUCACCAGGGGUCACCAGGAGAGAAGGGUGAACAUGGAGCAGCAGGAGGUCCAGGACUCAAAGGCUCAAGGGGAAACCAGGUUUUCCAGGACCUCCAGGACUUCCGGGGCUUCCUGGACAUGACGGACCAAUUGGCCAACCAGGUUUCCCAGGAUGCAAUGGGACAAAGGGGGAUGUUGGGUACCGAGGAGCCCCUGGAUUUCGAGGACCUGUUGGCUUUCAAGGUCAACCAGGUCUGCGAGGCACAAAGGGACGAGAUGUUGCUGAUGGUCUCUGUUCUGUUCUGGUCUCAGGGCGACUCGUUCGUCUUCCCCGUCCCUCAGGACAUUAAGGGACCAACAGGUCCACCAGGACCAGAGGGAGAAAAGGGGCUGAAGGGAGAUCUUGGUCAACUCGGACUCGCAGGACCACCAGGACCCGCUGGACGCCCUGGAAGUCCCGGGUUUCCCGGGUUACAGGGAGAAAAGGGUCAGGAGGGUCCCAGUCCAGUGAUUCCAGGUCCCAGAGGACAAAAGGGUGAUCCUGGACCUUCUGGGAUUCCUGGACAGAAGGGAAUCAAACUGUACGCUGAGGGACCCAAAGAGCUGAAGGGAGAACCAGGUGGAGUUGGUGAGAAAGGCUUUCGUGGACCUAAUGGUGUACCUGGGAAAGAAGGGGUGAAGGGAGAUAAGGGUGAUCAAGGUGACCUUGGCCCACUGGGUAAACCGGGAAAAGAUGGACUCGUCGGAGAACUUGGUGAUCCGGGAGACCCAGGGGACCGUGGGUACCUCGGUCCUCCAGGUAUUGAAGGAGCCGAGGUGAGAACCAUAUGGGGGAGACAGGUGAUCGUGGACUUCCAGGUUUUCCAGGAGAGGGUCAGCCUGGUGUCCCAGGGCCCCGAGGACCCCCUGGAGCCCCUGGAGAAAGAGGAGAGACUGGAGUACCAGGAGUUCCAGGAGCUGAAGGAGAACCAGGAGAACCAGGAGAACCAGGUGAUAACAACUGGUUUUACAAAACGAUUCAUGACGAAAGCUUCAGACGAACAGAAUCUGAAAGUUCUCCGGUGUCUCUCAGAUUUCCUGCCAGGAGAUGUCGGUCCUCCAGGAGCUAGAGGUGUGAAAGGCCUGAUGGGAGUUCCUGGGACCAGAGGGGAGGAGGGACAGAUGGGUGACAAAGGGGAGACAUGCUUCGUCUGUCCUGAUGUUUACGGAUCCCCUGGACCCCCGGGUAGACCUGGAGAGCCAGGUGAAGCCGGGGUGACAGGUGAGAAUGGUUCUCCGGGCCCUGAAGGUGACAAAGGGGUCACAGGAGUUCGAGGACCACCUGGUCCACAGGGCCCCUUUGGUUUUCCCGGCUACCCGGGGACCCAAGGACCUGUUGGUGAGCCAGGGAUCAUCCACAGGGUGGGGAAGAAGGGGGAGGAAGGGGCCAGUGGGGGGUCAGGACAGUCAGGUCUUGUGGGGACAGACGGAGCUGCAGGAGUCCCUGGACCGAAAGGUGUUGUGGGACAGAAAGGAAACCCUGGGCCUCUGGGACAGAAAGGUGACAGGGGCCCACUCGGGGAGACCGGUCCCAGAGGACUUAUAGGACAGAGGGGACCUCCAGGACCUCCUGGUAUCGGCAUUCCAGGAUCUCCAGGACCUAAAGGCAAUGUGGGAGUCUUGGGACGGCGAGGGAUUCCUGGAAAACAAGGUGAAAAAGGUUCUCCAAGUGAAAUCAAGACUUCUCCAGGUGAUCCAGGACAGAAAGGAGAGAAAGGUUUAUCAGGAAAUCCAGGACCUGAAGGUGAGACAGGUGUGACAGGACCUCCAGGUGAUCCUGGAUUUGCUGGUCCAAAGGGAGGAGAAGGAGACAGUGGGUUUUCUGUGCAGGGGCCCCCAGGGUUCCCAGGGGUGAAAGGAGUGAAGGGCCCUUCAGGUGAUCCAGGUUUAUCAAGUUUUGGAAUCAAGGGACGUGCUGGGCCAUCUGGUCCACCGGGGAUGCCCGGGCCAAAGGGGGACAAAGCUACUGGUUUCCCAGGACAGCAGGGUCAGUUGGGGCCUCAGGGAGAUGAUGGCUCUGUGGGCUCCCAAGGAGAACCCGGACCCCAAGGAAUCAAAGGAGUUCCAGGACCUCCGGGACAAGAUGCCCCACCAGGGCCCAAUGGGGCCAGAGGCACAAAAGGGUUGAAGGGUGACCCUGGGCUGCCAGGCGUGGGAUCCCUGGGGCCUCAGGGGGCAUCAGGGACUCCAGGGUUCGAUGGACCUCAAGGGCCAAUAGGCGGUAUCGGACUGGAAGGCCUGACAGGGACCAAUGGGGAGCCAGGAAGCCCAGGUCAGAUGGGAGUCGACGGGGUCAGGGGUUAUCAGGGGCCUCCAGGGCCUCAGGGGGACAGAGGGGAGACCGGACCUAAAGGACUGCAGACCUCUGUUGAGACACAUGGAGACCCGGGAGAUGCUGGAGAACCAGGGCCCACAGGUGUCACUGGUAGUAAAGGAGAGAGGGGCCUCCCUGGACCUCAGGGCCCGGACGCCAGAAGCGGUGCACCUGGAGAGGUCGGACCAGAAGGCCUUCCUGGCGACCCUGGCAGAGAUGGACAGACAGCUCCUCCUGGUCCCAGGGGCUUUCCUGGUAGCCCAGGGGAGAUGGGGAGGCCAGGAUUUCAAGGCGAGAAAGGUUCCACAGGCCCAUGUGGGGAAUCUGGCCCAGAUGGCCAACCAGGAUCAGGAGGACCUAAAGGUUCUAAAGGAGAACCGAGUCCACCUGGACCUGGAUCUAAAGGAUGUCCUGGAGAGAAGGGGAAUUCAGGGUGUCCAGGACUAUUAGGACCAAAGGGGAAACCAGGAGACUCUGGGAACCUUGGUCUUCCAGGAGUAUGUGGCCCCUGUGGUCCUAAAGGUCACUCUGGGCCCCCGGGAUGCAGAGGUCCUCCUGGACCUCUUGGUGAGAAGGGUAAUGAUGGUUCUUCAGGCACAACUGGCCCACCAGGACCUAGCGGUCUUUCAGGUAACAAGGGGGCUCCUGGAGAUCCUGGUCUGGCUGGUCCGAGAGGAAACCAGGGACAAGAUGGGAUACCUGGGCCUCCAGGAGAGAAAGGAGCAAUGGGAGCUCCUGGAACUGGACCCCGUGGCCCAGAAGGAGGGAAAGGUCCACCUGGCUCUUUUGGAGAGAAAGGCCCUCCAGGUCCAUGUGGCCCUGCUGGUUCCAGUGGUCCUGGGGGAAAUCCGGGUUGUCCCGGUCCCCCUGGACCCCCUGGUCUUCCAGGCUAUCCUGGAUUGGAAGGAAUCUGCACUGCAGGACUAGGAGGAGAAGACGGAGUCUCUGGAGCACAAGGACCAAGGGGUCCCCCCGGCUGUAAGGGUCCUCCUGGUCCUCCAGGUCCUGGUAAUAAAGGAGAGAUGGGAGCUAAGGGAGCAGCUGGGGGCCCAGGAUCACCUGGAUACCCUGGCGACCCUGGGCCUAGAGGAAAGCCGGGGGAAGACGGCCCCCCGGGUCCACCUGGACACAAAGGCGGGACUGGAGAAACUGGUGUCACAGGACCUGUGGGUCUGAAGGGAGACGAGGGACCACCAGGUAACGCCGGGUCACAAGGAUCCCCAGGACCAACUGGGAGGAGAGGAACAAAGGGGAAGGAUGCACCCUGGUUCCUGGUUCCAGGAGACAAAGGCUUGACUGGAGAUCAGGGCCGCCAAGGACAAAAAGGAACCCCAGGGGCUCGUGGGAGACAUGGGAUCCAAGGUGUGAAGGGGAGUGAAGGGCAAGCUGGUAACCAAGGACCGGGAGGUCAUCCUGGACUGAAAGGGGAUCAGGGAGGCAGAGGAUUCCAGGGACUAAAAGGUGUUGCAGGUGAACGAGGUUCGGUCGGUGCUAAAGGUAUCCCAGGUCCGCAGGGUCCCUGUGGGGACACGACAGAGAAGGACGGCUUCCUGUUCACCAGACACAGCCAAAACCUCUUUGUCCCAUCAUGCCCUGCAGGGUCCAGUGAGGUGUACAGUGGAUACUCGCUGCUGUUCAUCAACGGAAACAACCGUGCUCACGGACAAGACCUGGGUACGUUAGGCAGUUGUCUCCCUCUCUUCACCACCAUGCCCUUCUUGUUCUGUAACACCGACAGCACCUGUCGCUAUGCCUCACGCAACGAUUACUCCUAUUGGCUCUCCACCAACGAAACACUGCCAGGCAGCGUCCCAUUUAUCUCUGGGCAACUUCUGGAGAGUUACAUCAGCCGGUGCACUGUAUGUGAGGCCCGAGCUAACGUGAUCGCGAUCCACAGUCAGACCAGUUUGGUCCCAGACUGCCCCUCGGGCUGGGAUCGUCUCUGGUUUGGAUUCUCCUUCGUGAUGGAAACCGGUGUGGGGGCGGAGGGGUCAGGUCAGCCCCUGGCCUCACCUGGAUCCUGUCUGGAGAACUUCAGGAAGAUUCCCUUUAUCGAGUGUCACGGCCGAGGAACCUGCAACUACUACACCGACUCCUACAGCUACUGGCUGGCUGCGCUCAACCCCAGAGACAUGUUCAGUAAACCGAAGCCUCAGACUGUUAAAGGAGCGUUUCCAGAAAGUUUGAUUGGUCGCUGUCAAGUGUGUAUGAAGAGGCUGUAAACACUGACAUCCACACAACUGACAUCCACACAACUGACAUCCACACAACUGACAUCCACACUACUGACAUCCACACUACUGACAUUAACACUACUGACAUCCACACUACUGACAUCCACACUACUGACAUUAACACUACUGACAUCCACACUACUGACAUCAACACUACUGACAUCCACACAACUGACAUCCACACAACUGACAUCCACACUACUGACAUCUACACAACUGACAUCCACACAACUGACAUCCACACUACUGACAUCCACACAACUGACAUCCACACUACUGACAUCCACACUACUGACAUCCACACUACUGACAUCCACACAACUGACAUCCACACAACUGACAUCCACACUACUGACAUCCACAUAACUGACAUCCACACUACUGACAUCAACACUACUGACAUCCAUACUACUGACAUU